UGGCUUCCUGACCCCCUCUCUGCUCACUUAGUCCAUUGGCACCUUGGUCAAGCUGUUCCUCCAGUGGCUCAGGAGCUCGAAAGCACAUGUCUGACCUUCCAGUUAUGACCAGGACCAGGACAUCUCUCCUCCUGUUGAUGGCCUUGGCUUCCUCUCUCUGCUUCAACUUGGACAUGGACCAGCCAACAACCUUCCGCAUGGACAGUGCUGGGUUUGGACACAGCGUGGUCCAGUACGCCAACUCCUGGGUGGUGGUUGGAGCCCCCCAGGAGAUAAAGGCUACCAACCAAACAGGCGGCCUUUACCAGUGUGACUACAGCACAGCCUCAUGUGAGCCCAUCCCCCUGCAGGUCCCCCCAGAGGCUGUGAACAUGUCAUUGGGCCUGUCCCUGGCGGCUGCCACCAACCCCUCUCAGCUGCUGGCCUGUGGCCCUACCGUGCACCACACCUGCAGAGAGAAUGUGUACUUGACCGGCUUCUGCUUCCUGCUGGCCUCCGGAUCCUGGCAGGCCCAGAGGCUCCCCGCUGCCCUGCAGGAGUGCCCGAGGCAAGAGCACGACAUUGUGUUCCUGAUAGACGGCUCAGGCAGCAUCUACUUCAAGGAUUUUGCCAAGAUGCUGAGCUUCGUGAAGGCUGUGAUGAGCCAGUUCCAGAGACCCAGCACCCAGUUCUCCCUGAUGCAGUUCUCCAACAAAUUCUUGGUGCACUUCACUUUCAAAGACUUCAUGGACAGCUCAGACCCACUAGGCCUGUUGAAUUCUGUAUCCCAGCUGGGAGGGUUGACUCGCACAGCCUCAGCCAUCCAGUUGGUCAUAAAAGAACUGUUCAGUGCUACAAGAGGGGCCCGAAAGGAUGCCUCCAAGAUCCUCAUCGUCAUCACCGAUGGGCAGAAACAAGGCGACCACCUGGGUUAUGACGAUGUCAUCCCCAUGGCUGAGGCAGCAGGCAUCAUCCGUUACGCAGUUGGGGUGGGAUCGGCUUUUCAAAGCACACAAGCCUGGCAAGAAUUAAAUGACAUUGCAUCGAAGCCCUCCCAUGAACAUAUAUUUAAAGUGGAUGACUUUGAUGCUUUGAGAGACAUUCAAAACCAAUUGAAAGAGAAGAUCUUUGCCAUUGAGGGUACGCAGACUGUAAGCAGUAGUUCCUUUGAAUUGGAGAUGUCCCAGGAGGGCUUCAGCACUGUGUUCACGCCUGAUGGGCCAGUUUUGGGGGCUGUGGGAAGCUUUGACUGGUCUGGAGGUGCCUUCCUAUACCCACCAAAGAUGAGCCGCACCUUCAUCAACGUGUCUCAGGAGGAAGUGGACAUGAGAGACUCUUACCUGGGUUACUCCACCGAGCUGGCCACUUGGCAGGGGGUGCAGAGCCUGGUCCUGGGGGCCCCCCGCCAUCAGCACACCGGGAAGGUUUUCAUCUUCACCCAGCAGUCCAGGCAGUGGAGGCCAAAGGCUAACGUCAUAGGCACUCAGAUCGGCUCCUAUUUUGGGGCCUCCCUGUGCUCUGUGGAUGUGGACAGAGAUGGCAGCUCUGACCUGGUCCUCAUCGGGGCUCCCCACUACUAUAUGCAGACGCAGGGGGGCCAGGUGUCUGUGUGCCCCUUGCCCCGGGGGAGGGCCAAGUGGCAGUGUGAGGCUGUUCUCCGUGGGGAGCAGGGCCACCCCUGGGGCCGCUUUGGGGCAGCCCUGACAGUGCUGGAGGAUGUGAAUGGGGACAAGCUGACGGACGUGGCCAUCGGGGCCCCCGGAGAGCAGGAGAACCAGGGUGCUGUCUACCUAUUUCAUGGAACCUCAGGACUGGGCAUCAGCCCCUCCCACAGCCAGAGGAUUGCAGCCUCCCAGCUCUCCCCCAGGCUCCAGUAUUUUGGGCAGUCGCUGAGUGGGGGUCAGGAUCUCACCAUGGAUGGACUGGUGGACCUGGCUGUGGGGGCCCAGGGGCACGCGCUGCUGCUCAGGACUAGACCCGUGCUUAGGGUGUGGGUGAGCAUCCGCAUCACACCUGCAGAGAUUGCCAGGUCUGUGUUUGAGUGUCAGGAGCAGAAGCCCUCUGUCCGUGCCCUGGGUGACGCCAAUGUCUGCCUUCGUAUUUAUCAAAGUCCCAAGAACCGGCUGGGUGACCUCCAAAGCUCUGUGACCUUUGACCUGACUCUUGAUCCUGGCCGCAUGAAUCCCCGUGCCAUCUUUGAGGAGACAAAGACCUGGAAUCUGACUCGUGUCCGAGUCCUUGGGCUGAACCAGCACUGUGAGACCGUGAAGUUGCUCCUCCUGGCCUGUGUGGAGGACACAGUGACCCCCAUCACCUUGCGUCUCAACUUCUCCCUGGAGGGCAAGCCCAUCCCUUCCUUUGGAAGCAUCCGGCCUGUGCUGGCUGUGGAUGCUCAGAGAUACUUCACAGCCUCUCUCCCCUUUGAGAAGAACUGUGGAGCUGACCAUGUCUGCCAGGACGACCUUGGCAUCUCCUUUCACUUCUCAGGCUUGAAGACCCUGGUGGUGGGGAAUAACCUGGAGCUGAACAUGGAAGUGACAGUGCGGAAUGACGGCGAGGACUCCUAUGGAACCACAGUUACCUUUUUCUACCCUCCAGGGCUGUCUUAUCGACGUGUGGCAGAGGGCCAGAACCAGCUGCAGCCACGCUCGCUGCGCCUGACCUGUGACAGUGCCCUGGCUGAUGGGCAGGGCACUUGGAGGACCCGCUGUAGCAUCAACCACCUCAUCUUGCGUGAGGGCGCCCAGAUCACAUUCACGGCCACGUUUGACGUCUCCCCCAAGGCCGUGCUAGGAGACCGGCUUCUUUUGACGGCCAAUGUGAGCAGUGAGAAUAACACCCCCAGGACCAGCAAGACCACCUUCCAGCUGGAGCUCCCAGUGAAGUACGCUGUCUACAUCGUGAUCCACAGCCCUGAACAAUCCACCAAGUACCUCAACUUCUCAGCCUCAGAGGAGAAGGAAAGCAGCAGGGCCCAGCAUAGAUGUCAGGUGAACAACCUGGGACAAAGGGACCUGCCUGUCAGCAUCAACUUCUUGGUGCCUGUGGAGCUGAACCGGGUGGCUGUAUGGACAGAGAUGGAGGUCUUCCACCCCCAGAAUCCAGCCAUUCAGUGUCCUUCAGAGAGAAUAGCACCCACAGAGUCUGACUUCCUGACCCACCUUCAGAAGAAUCCUGUGCUGGACUGCUCCAUUGCUGACUGCCUGAGGUUCCGCUGUGACAUCCCCUCCUUCGGCAUCCGGGAGGAACUUGACUUCAUCCUGAAGGGCAACCUUAGCUUUGGUUGGGUCAGCCAGACAUUGCAGAAGAAAGUAUUGGUCGUGAGUGUGGCCGAAAUCACGUUCAACACAUCUGUGUAUUCGCAGCUUCCAGGACAGGAGGCAUUUUUGAGAGCCCAGAUGGAGACGGUGCUAGAGAAGUAUGAGGUCUACAACCCCAUCCCCGUUAUUGUGGGCAGCUCUGUGGGAGGACUGCUGCUGCUGGCUCUCAUUACAGCCAUACUGUACAAGGUUGGCUUCUUCAAACGUCAGUACAAGGAAAUGAUGCGGGAAGCAAAUGGACACACUGUCCCAGAAAAUGGGACAUCAGACCCCCAAGUUGCCCAAUAAGAAACUACCUCUUGUUCUCUUUUGGACCUACUCUCUGAGAGGUUUCCUGGCCCUCUUACUCUCACCUAAGACAGGCCUGUGGGGGAAGAAAUCUUCCAUGUAAGGGAGGCUGGGAUCAGGUUGCUUUCUCCCUUUGGGAGGAUGCAGCAUGUUUGCACAAAGAGUCUUGCCUGGGAAGGGCCAUUUGUCUUGUCAAGUCUCCAGUUGGAAAGCCUAGGACAGGAUCACUGCUGUGUUCCGUGGAGGACUUCUCCAUGUCGCUAUUCUCUCAGCUGGAAAGGUCACUGGAGUGAACCAAUACAUAGAUAUUUCUUGCAAAUCCUGGGAUGUGGUGAAGGGGACAUUGUUCGCAUACGGUUAGUGAUUGAAGAGCACUUCAAAGUCCUAGAUCAGGGAUCUGCUGCCCCCAAUAAGCUCAUUCUUAUUAUUAUGCUACUCAUCUCAGCAUAAAGCUCAAAAUGGUGCCUGGCACUAAGCUGAGGACCAACACAUAGCAGACCAUUCCUUGUCCUGGAGAGAUCCCACUGCUGCUGCCACCACCAUGAUGCUCACCACAUGGACGUUUUAGUUAGAAAAACAGAAGGAGGAGGCAGUUGACCAUGUGAUUGGAGGGAAUGCUGGAAAGUGGUCCUUCACCUUGACCCAAAAAUAUCUUCCCCAUCCACUAUCAUAGGGUCCAAAAUCCCUUUGGAUUUUGAAGCUUUGGAGUCUCCAGAAAAACCAAUUAUUAUGCAAUAGCUGCAAGAAGGGCUGCAGAUUAGACUUUAUGAGACUUCAGCUUUAGGGUGUUGUUUCUCAAAAUGUGAUCAACGAACCACUGGUCAUCUCCAUUGGUCUCCUAAGUGUUAAGUUUUAGAGAAAAAAAGAAAGAAACACUUUUAAACCCAUGCAUCUCACACAUUUGAAACUGGUGACUUUCACAGAAAUACUGCCAUAACCCUAAUUGUGUUUUUAAAGCUGUCCAUGGACACGAAGGACUGCAGUGGGCUCUUGUCUAGCAUGCAGGCAAUAUGUGCUGCUUUCACACAAUUUUCCUUUAUGAGUUAUUGCUUAGAUAUAUUGCUUAUAUUUGUGUUUUUCAGGGUUGCUUUUGUGUUGUAUUAUAUCCCCAAAUAAGAAAAAUCCAUCAAUGUCUCAAAAAUUAUUCAUUGAAGCAUGAAAGUGAUGAUUUAAAAAAUAAAACAUAAUUGAUCCAACUUAGAAUAAUGUCAUCAAAAUUAAAAUUGAAUGAGAUUCCAGUGCACAUGUAAUAUACGGAUGUAUGAAUGCUGGGAUGAGUGAUUGUGAGCCGGAAAAUUAAAAUAUGUCUAGAAAAUAUUAUACCAUCUGAAAAUUGGAUUUUACUGGGUCAGCUAUCUAUUUGUUCCUAGACUGUUAUCCACUAUGAAACUUUAUCAAAUAAUGGCAUAAGCUAUCAAAGCUUUUGUGUCAUUUUUGAACGCAGCAUAACGACCGACCGGAGAUCUUGUAGAACAAUGGAAAUAUAUCACUUUCCCAUCCCAAAUCGACUAAUUUUGUCAUUGAAUACAGAGAAACAGCAAAACUAUAGUGGCGUAAAUUAAAGUUGCUCUUAUAGUAAAAGUGUGUACGAGUCAUAUAAUUUCCAAGAAGCUUAUAAAACCAGCAGUGAGGUUAAAGUCUGUAUUAGAAGCUUGCUUUUGGCUGCAAGCAAUAGGAGACAGUCAAACUGCACAGGGGUAUAUAAGAGGCCUUCACACAAGAGGUCCAGAAAUAGUUGUUAGUGAAUUCAGUGACUCAACAAUGACAUUAAGAUGCAGCCAUCAUUGUGACGCUUUUGCCCUUAGACUAUCCCCUCAUGGUUGCAAGAUGGCUGCCAUAGCUCCAGGCAUUUCGUACUCAGAUAACAGUGCCCAAAGGCAAAAGGGCAGUUUGUUGGAGGAGGUCAUUGAGAGGCUGUGACCACCAGUUGACCUGAGAGCUGGACCCAGGCAAUCAGAGGCUCCUCACCCCCUCCCUGUCCUUGGAAUGUGUGUUCUGUCCACCAUUCUCAUAGCAGGAGCUGUUUUCAAAGAUGCAGCCUUGAGAGUAAUGUGUAAAGCCUCUAUACAAACUUUUAAGAUUCUGUCAGGUGGGUGCAGGGAUCUACUUAUCUUGUGACCAUCCAAGACAAGCCUUGUAAUGAACUUCUCUUGCUUAUUAAACCUGCCACCUACCAA